AUGUCCCUCCGCCUACUCCCUGCGAGAGCAGUUGUCGCGCGCUCAUCGGCUUCCAUCUCAAAUGUCACCAACCUCACUUGCGCCUCAAGACCACUGCGCCGCUCCUUCAUCACCCUCCCCUCUGCCGAACCUCAGAGGCUGACCGCCAAUCGCACCCUUCCAUAUCCCACCGAACCUCUUUACGAUCUCAUUGCCGACAUCGACUCAUAUUCUUCUUUCGUCCCGUACUGCUCUCGCUCCCGAGUAACUCGCUGGACCAAUCCCGACCCCGCGACUGGUCAUCGCUACCCCACACUGGCCGAUCUCCACGUCGGCUGGGGAGGAUUUGACGAGGUCUUUACAAGUCGAUUGCGCUGCAUCCCUGGCGAGUCUGUCGAGGCUGUCAGUGGAGAGACUGUCCCGGGAGGUACAGGGCCUGACGCAUCGACCGUCUUCCGGAGCCUUGUAACACGCUGGUCCGUAAGGCCAAUUGCUGGGCCACCCUCGCCACGAACUGAGGUCCACCUUGCAAUUGACUUUCAGUUCACAAACCCUCUCUACGGCGCAGUGAGUGCGGCUGUGUCCGAUAAAGUAGCAGGCAUGAUGAUUGAAGCUUUCGAGAAGCGAGCCUUAGAGAAAUUGGGCUCUCAGCGGAAGCUUUAG